AUGCGGGCGGGGCGGAGGGAUCAAUAUAGCGACAGUGCCCAGUCUAACGAUGGACUAGCUCGAGGAGAGUGCGGCAACAUGUGGCAAGCCUCUCCGCUCCUGGUCGCUCUCCUCGCCGUAUCGGCUCUCCUCUUGGUCCCCAUAGCCAAGCCCUUCGCGCAGGCAGCAACUGUUGGUUUUAAGAGAAAACGUACCUGGAUGGAAAACAUUAUUCCGCAACUACAUGAAAGAGCAAGAAAAUAG